AUGACCCCCAAUUGUUCAACUUUUAUAAGCACAUUCCAGGCUACAUACAUUAGAUAUAAUGCUGUCGUAGCACCUCCAUUCGUAUAUAUUGACCAGGUCAAGUCUUCACUGACUGAUCGUGUUGAGAUAUCUGCUCAAAAUGCUUGGGUUGGAAAAGGUGGAGCUUUUACUGGAGAAAUCAGUGCUGAGCAACUGAUCGAUGUUGGCUGCAAGUGGGUUAUUCUGGGUCAUUCUGAGCGCAGGCAUAUUAUUGGUGAAGAUAAUGAGUUUAUUGGUAAGAAGGCUGCGUAUGCCUUGAGUCAGAAUCUUAAGGUUAUUGCCUGUAUAGGAGAGAAGCUGGAAGAAAGGGAAGCAGGGAACACUUUCGAGAUCUCUUUUCAGCAGUUGAAGGCUUUUGCAGAUAGUAUCUCAAGCUGGACAGAUGUUGUUAUUGCAUACGAGCCUGUUUGGGCUAUUGGCACCGGAAAAGUGGCCACUCCCCUGCAGGCUCAGGAAGUGCAUGUUGCUGUCUGCGAUUGGCUGAAAAAGAACAUUUCGCCUGAGGUUGCUUCUGCUACUCGUAUUAUCUAUGGAGGGCCCGGAGUUUGCCACUAUUGUGAACUCGGUGACCUCGAAGAAAGUUGCUGCUUGAUGAUCCUUCUGAUCUCUGGAUACCAUGAAUAA